AUGGAUACCAUCUCUGACGAACAGACGCUUGGACAGGAGGUUACAAAGAAUACAGAAUGUAUAAGUAAUGAGUUAUUAAGUGGUAGUGAAGUUGCUUUUCCAGAUGAGAAUGAAUUCAGUUUGCAAUGUAAUGAUGAGUUCAGUUUGCUGGGUGAGAGUGAAAUCGAUUUGCAAGGUGAGGAAGAAGAUGAUUUAGUAAGUGAAGAUGAAGUUGAUGUGCAACCUGAGGAGACUUUUCAAUCAAGAAGUAAUGAUUCUUUUUUAAACUCAAAUGAAGACAAAGAGAAGAAAGAAGAACUAUAUAUCGGAAUGGAGUUUAGUUCCGAUGAGAGUGCAUAUAGAGCUUAUGCUAAAUAUGGAGGAAAAUCUGGUUUCAAUGUGAGGAAACAACGCAGGACAAGAAACAAGAAGGGUUUGGUUGUUAGGUUAGUUUAUUGUUGCUCAAAAGAAGGUUACCGAAAGACCAAAACAAAGGGGGAAACAUCUUAUUCAGUACCAGUUACAAGGGUCGGUUGUAAAGCCCAUAUGAGUUGCUAUCGUCAAAACAAAGGAAAAUUAAAGAUUGUGUCGUUUGAGAGGAAUCAUAAUCAUGAGUUGAUUAAAACACCUAUGAAGCAUAUGUUAAAGAUCAAUAGAAGUUUCUCUAAAGCUCAAAAAGAGCAUGCUGAUGAUGCUGAGAUGUCAGGAAUUUCAGCAAAAGCAACAGUUGAAUUGAUGAGUAGAGAAGUUGGAGGACGAGAGAAUCUUGGUUUUAUGGAAAAGGACUAUCGGAAUUACAUACAUCGAAAGCGAAGGGUGAAGAUGGAAAAGGGAGAUGCUGGAGCUAUAUUGCAAUACUUCCAAAAAAUGAAAGAGGAUAAUUCAUCUUCUUUUUAUUCAAUGCAGCUUGAUGAGGAUGAUAUGAUCACAAAUAUUUUUUGGGCAGAUGAGCGUUCAAUAAGUGAUUAUGGUCUUUUUGGGGAUGUCGUUUGUUUUGACACAACUUAUCAAAUUAACUAA